AUGACCACACAUCAUCAUGAUGGUUGGGAAAGUACUCGGUCAAGUUAUUAUGAGGGCCAUUCUCGUUCUCAACAACUCCGAAGAGGUGUCAUCCUUGUAUUAUUUAUUUCAAUCAUCGUAAAGAUGGCUAUUCAUGACAUGGUCGAAGCUGCUCCAUACAAAUUUCAAUGUGAAUUUAAAAAGGAAACAACCAUCAAUACUAACACAUCGGUGGUAGAAGUAAUUGGAAUUGCUACCAUUUCCUAUGAACAUGAAAAAUCAACAUUGGCAUGGAGAGUUUUUCUAGAUUCUAAAGUUUUGAAUUUCACAUCAAAUACGAAUCACACCAAAUCGUCACCCACCACACAGGAGCAUGAUAUAUCUUUGGAAUUGAUUCAUGAUGAUUUUUGGAAACAACCAACAACAUCUGAAAGACAGAAUGUCAUUGUGCCUCAAGAAUGGUCAUCGCCGUUCAAUAUGAAUAUCAACUCGACACAAAACACUUCCAGUAGUGAAAAACCAAAUCUGAUCAAAUUAGGUCAUUCACUGGUAUCGAGUACCAAUAAUACGAAUGCAUUUUUGAGAGUUCCAGAUUUGUUUGAAUCCAAAUAUUCAUUGCGAGUGGUUGUGAAUAAUGAGGAAAAUAAGGCAACUCUUGAACGUGAUGAUGACUUUUCGACAUUAAUGGCCGAGCAAGAGUUAUCAGAGACAAUUUUAGCUUCAGGAAGAAUUGUCAAUACUUGUGGAGCUUCUUCACCAGUUAUUAAUUUUGCAAUUACGAAUUGGCAAUUAUGGCUUGUCAUGGUGACCGUUUUGGGAAUGCUUGUAGGAUUAAUUUUUGAUAUUUUCAGACCUUAUUUUGUCGUAUUUGUGGCAUUAGCGUUUUUCCUUGUGACUGGCAUUGUCACACUCAAGCAAGCUUUGGCAGGUUUCUCGAACGACGGAAUGCUUGCCAUUGCAUUUCUUUUCCCGGUAGUACAGCCUCUCUCCACAAGUCCAAUGAUUUUGAAAUUGUCGAAAAUAAUGUUUGGUAAGCCCAUUAUUUCUCCACGAUUGUCCUAUUUGAGAAUUUUCUUUCCAAUUUGUGUCUUGUCCAUGUUUUUGAACAAUACUCCCAUUGUGGUGUUAUUUUUACCAUUGAUUAAGGAUUGGUGCCGAACGUAUGGAUUAUCGCCAUCGAAAUUUUUAAUUCCUCUUGCCUAUACAACGACUGUUGGAGGAAUGUGUACACUCAUUGGAACUUCAACAAAUCUUGUCGUGUCUGGAUUAAUGGCCAGUUAUGGCUAUCAAGAAUUUUCCUUCUUUGAAUUUUCCUUCAUUGGAUCAAUAUUAAUGGUAGCCAUGUUUUUGUACAUGAGCACUAUUGGCUAUUCGUUACUUCCAGACAAGAAAGGAGGUCUUUUCAAAUAUGCCAAAGAACGAUCCGAACAAUUUCUUUCACAAAUUAACAUUCGAGAUGUGAACUCGCCUCUCAUUGGAAAAAACAAGAAAAAAGUGUUGGAUCAUUUGCAUCUCUCAUCGUUGGAAAUUAUUGAAAUUAUUCGACCAUUGAAUGUGUCGCAAUUGUCACAAGAAGGAAUGAUCCUUAAUUCAAAAUAUUCGGAUGAAAGACUCAAUACGAGUGGAAGUUUUGAAGAAAACUACAUGACAGAUAACGACGAUGAUGUUGAAAGAAUUACACCAGUUCCAGAUAAUUUAUUAAUUCAAUAUGGUGAUAAGAUUAUAUUCAAAGGAAAUCCAAAAGAAAUUAUGGCACUCAAUGCCAUUACAGGUUUGACUGAUAAAUUCAAAGACACAACCAUCUACAAAAUGAUUGGAACCGAAUCUUUGAGAAGACGUUCACUCGAUCUUUCACAACAUGCUACUUCAGAGCUCGAUCCAUCAUCUUCAGUACUAGAUUCCUCUCAACAGCAUCAUGAAGACAAUCAAAUUUCAUUGAACCAUGACGACGAACAAAACCAACAUGGAGAUCCCAUUUCCCUUCGAGAUGCACCCAUUCCAAAAAGUGAAUUACAACAUCAAUUAUUACAACAAGCCAAUCAACAUGAAAAUGGUUCAUCAUCCAUCAUUGAUAUCACACGAACGUCGACCACUGCAGAGAAUUUAACACAUCCUCCACCCAUCUCAGAUUCACAACAACACAAGGAUGAAUCAUCACACGUCGAUCCAGAAUUUUUCGAAUGUGUCAUUGGAAAUAGUAAUCCAUGUGUGGGACAAACCUAUCUCGUUUUUUCACAAACCUAUCAAGUCGUAUUGUUGGCAGUGAGACAUCGUGAAUCUGUUGUCCGUUCACGAACCGAAUCGACCGAUUUCAAUCAUCAAACAGUUCGCAUGGGAGACACCAUUCUAGUGUUCAGUAAGCCAGAUUUUUAUGAAAAGUACAAGGAAAGUUUGGACUUUUUCAUCAUUUCCGUUGUAAUAGGAAAGGAAUAUAAUUUGUGGUGGUGGGAAUAUUUAAUGAUUCCCAUCUUUUUUGCGGUAGUUCUUGCAGCCUCAUUGAAUGUGCCAAUGGUGUUGUGUGCCAUGGUGGCGUUUGCAGUGAUGGUGUUUUUGAGAUUGUUGUCUCCUGUGAAGGCAAUUGCGUCUGUGGAUUGGCAAUUAUUAAUUUUAGUGGCAUGUUCACUUGGAGUCGGUACUGGAAUCAAAAACAGUGGCAUCUCAGAAGCCUUUGCUGAAUUGCUAAACAUUCUUAAAGUUCCUGAUAUUUUACUUCCAGCAGUGGUCUUUCUCAUGACCCAAACCACGACACAAGUCAUCACCAACAAUGCAGCAGCUUCUCUCAAUUUACCACUCGCCCUUGCCAUUGCUCAAUCUCGUUCAUUGAAUCCACAAAUGUUUGGUAUGAUUGUAGCAAUUGCAUCGAGUGCUGAAUUUGCCACUCCAAUUGGAUAUCAAUGCAAUUUAUUGGUACAAGGACCAGGUGGUUACUCAUUUAUGGACUAUGUCAAAGUUGGAUUCCCAUUGAAUGUUUUGUUUUUCAUCUUGUCGAGUGUGUUUAUUCCAUUGAUAUGGGGAUUGAAGAGUCCUAAUUUCCAAUUUGUGUAA